CGGGGCUUGCGAAGCGGCGUCGGAACGAACUACUUCUCCCAUCAUGCCAGGGGAGAGCCCCGCGCGUUCCACCCUGGGAGUCGUAGGCUUCCGCCCCUCGGAUCCAACGGCAAUCUCCGUGUGUGAACCCUGUUACCCAGAAGGCCUCGCAAGACCGCGGCUGAAACUGGGAUUUCCCUGUUUCUCCUUUCCCCCCGCAAUUGGCGGAACCUGUUGGUGUGGCCCACAAGGCUCAGCGGGGCUGCACGAGGCUAGUUGCUAAGCAAGGGGUACUGUGGUCAACUGCCACCUGAGCCACGGCGACAGGAAUUCUCGGAUUUGUUGCUACCCCAGGGUCCCCGCCAUGCCUCACAUCGACAGUGACAUCAAACUGGACUUCAAAGAUGUUUUGUUGAGGCCCAAACGCAGUACCCUUAAGUCUCGAAGUGAGGUAGAUCUCACAAGAUCCUUUUCAUUUCGGAACUCAAAGCAGAUGUACACUGGGAUCCCCAUCAUUGCUGCCAAUAUGGAUACUGUGGGCACCUUUGAGAUGGCCAAGGUUCUCUGUAAGUUCUCCCUCUUCACAGCUAUCCAUAAACACUACAGCCUCCAGCAGUGGAAAGAGUUUGCUAGCCAGAAUCCCGAGUGUCUUGAGCAUUUGGCGGCAAGCUCAGGCACAGGAUCUUCAGACUUUGAACAGCUGGAACAGAUCCUGGAAGCUCUUCCCCAGGUGAAAUAUAUAUGCCUGGACGUGGCAAACGGCUACUCAGAACACUUUGUUGAGUUUGUAAAGGACGUGCGGAAGCGCUUCCCCGAGCACACCAUUAUGGCAGGGAAUGUGGUAACAGGAGAGAUGGUGGAAGAGCUGAUCCUCUCUGGGGCUGACAUCAUCAAAGUGGGAAUUGGCCCAGGUAAGCUGCUUUACUGGGGUCCUUGGGCUACUGCUCCAGUGGCACACGCCCCGGGAGCACUUCACUGUUCCCGUGACGUUCUUCUCAGGCUCCGUGUGCACCACCCGCAAGAAAACCGGAGUGGGGUAUCCACAGCUCAGUGCCGUGAUGGAGUGUGCAGACGCUGCUCAUGGCCUCAAAGGCCACAUCAUCUCAGAUGGAGGCUGCAGCUGUCCUGGGGAUGUGGCCAAGGCUUUCGGGCCUCAGAGGGAAAGACGGUGGCGGUCCCCUUUAAAGGGGACGUGGAACAUACCGUCCGAGACAUCCUUGGAGGCCUCCGCUCCACAUGCACCUACGUGGGAGCAGCUAAACUGAAGGAAUUGAGCCGGAGAACCACCUUCAUCCGGGUCACCCAACAGGUGAAUCCAAUCUUCAAUGAUGAGAGCUAGACCUGAGCAGCUGUGCCCUCUCAUGGCACUAGCCCCUGAGCACAGGGCCUCUCAAGAGGGCUCCUCACCCAUCUCAGCCACUGUGGCUAUUUCUUACUCAGUCAAUUCCUGUCGCCUCACUCCUGAGGGCUCCCGCAGUAAUACCGUACUCUAUACCCACAGAAUGCCCAGGGCACUCACUGGGGAGGAAGCAAGGCAGGCAAGCU